GCUUCGCCGGUAGCUAGUGCUAGCAUCCAAGAUGUCGGCUACGUAUGUGUUCCCCAUGUGUGUACGGGCGAGUCGGGGCCUCCUGCGGCUCAGGAACAGGGCAGCGGGAGCUCCUUCCGCGGCUGUGGUGGACACGGUUCGGAGUCUCUCUAUGGACAAGCCGCCGGUCGGUGCGGGCAGCGCGACGGGCGGACUAGCUCAGGCUAUCCUCCAGGAGAGACUCCAGCAGCAGCAGCAGAGCCAGGGCCAACCUCCACCUCCUGAAGGAGAAGACGCCGAUAAACAGGGAGAGCAGACAGAGGACAAGAAGCAGAAGGAGAACACAGCCUACGCCAAGAAGAUGGUUCUGAGGCUGGCAGGACUCAUGGGAGUGGGCGGAGCCGUCGGCAUCGUCUACAUAUUCGGCACGAACUCUGUGGACGAACAAGGCAACCAGAUUCCAGAUGAGUUCGACACAGAACCUCCGGUCAUCCAGCAGUUGAAGCGAACGUAUAAAUACUUCCAGGAUUACAGACAGAUGAUCAUUGAACCAACAAGUCCAAAGCUUCUUCCCGACCCGUUAAAGGAACCGUACUACCAACCCCCCUACACUCUGGUUCUGGAGCUGACAGACGUCCUGCUGCACCCGGAGUGGUCGUUGUCCACAGGUUGGCGGUUUAAGAAGCGUCCGGGCAUCGAUUAUCUGUUCCAACAGCUGGCGCCGCUCUACGAGAUCGUCAUCUUCACAGCGGAGACCGGCAUGACGGCGUACCCGCUGAUAGACAGCAUCGACCCCCAGGGGUUCGUCAUGUAUCGUCUCUUCAGAGAUGCAACACACUACAUGGAAGGACAUCAUGUUAAGGACGUGUCGUGUCUGAACCGGGACACCAGUAAGGUGAUCGUGGUGGACUGUAAACGAGAGGCCUUCAGUCUGCAGCCGUUUAACGGGAUGGCACUGAAGAAAUGGGAUGGAAACUCUGACGACCGCACACUCUACGACCUGGCCAACUUCCUAAAGACCAUCGCUCUGAGUGGAGUGGAGGACGUGCGCUCAGUGUUGGAGAACUACGCCCUGGAGGAAGACCCCAUCGAAGCCUUCAAACGAAGACAGGCCCAGCUGGCCCAGGAGGAGGAGCAACGGAUGGCCGAGCUCUCGCAGCAGAAGAAGCAGGGCGUGUCUCUGGGCUCCAUCGCCUCACGCUUCUGGCGCUCCAAACAGCAGUGAGCCCCGCCCCCUCACACACUUCCACCAAUGGCAGCCCGGCCCUCCGCCCCCCACUCCUCCACCGGGUGGGCGUGUCCAGUAAUACAGGUGAGGAGAGGGGCGGUGGACACCUCAGCGGACAUGAUACGGUGGACCGGACCCGGGACACUUCUUGGUUCUGAGGUGGGCGGGGCUUUGCGGCGUCACCACAUACAAACAAAGCUGCUGAUUGGAUAAAACUCUGUGAGACUGAUCUGAGACCAGCGCUGUUAUCAUCACUCCAGCUCUGGUCCCGCCCUCCGCUCACUGGAGCUGAUCUGGGGUCGGCUCUAUUCCUCUGUUUGUGUUUGUCCGGCGCCGCUGUGGGACGACGCCCACGACUGUCAACGUACGUAGAACUCAGUGAAUGUGGGACCGACAGAACCAUGGACAGACACUGAGACCGAGACUGGACAGAGGCGGAGUCUGUCAGGGUUGAGAUGAUGAUGAUGAUGAUGAUGUGGGUCCUGUUUCCUGUAAUAAAAGCAGGCGUCGAACCAACA